AUGAACACACCAAAUCUGCGAAAUACCACUACUACUACGGCGUCCGCGGGAACCGACGCGCUCGAGGGAACCGACGCGCUCGCGGGAACCGACGCGCUCGCGGUCCCAGCGCUGCGGGUGUCCAAUCAGCGAGCUGGACUAUUUGGAUGUAAGAUGACCCAUCACGUGGCCUGUUGGAACGUGCGCACGCUGAAACUUGAAGAAACUCAAGCACUCACUGCCCACGCUCUCCAGCAGUACAAGGUCGAUGUGGCCUGUCUCUCGGAGUUUAGGCUUGCAGACCAUGGUCACAAGUCUAUCACAGUACCUCUAUCUGACGCUGCCUACCAUCUCUAUUACAGUGGAGCCACGGAUGGAUCCGGGAGCCAUGGUGUAGCACUGACCCUAAGCGAUCAAGCGAAUAACGCUCUCCUUGCCCGUGUCCGUCUGCGAGGAGCCCUGUUCAACAUAUCCAUAAUAGCUGUUUAUGCCCCAACUCUUGAUGCUGAUGAAGUCACCAAGGACGCCUUCUACGACAGCCUCCAGGCUGUUAUGGACGGCAUUUCUUCUAGAGACUUUGUGGUUAUUGCGGGUGAUUUCAUUGCGCGAACUGGUACCGAUGCCAGCAAACCAGAGCCGAGUUCCAGCUCCGGUUAUCAAAUCGCUUUGUCGGUCUUCAAGCACUUCAACCCCAUUGAGUACUCAGCUGAGGACUCCUGGCAGUUAUUCAAAAGCAGCGUAAACGAAGUUGCCUCGCAGACCCUGGAUAAAACCAGACGGCGGGCGAAGGACUGGAUCUCUGGCCGCACUAUUGAGCUCGCAAACCAAACUAAACGAACCCGUUGCUCCGAGAACGACGACUUCCGCCGAUUGCGCCGUGAGACUGCUCGCUCUGCGAAGGCUGAUCUCAAUACUUACUGGCGAAACGUCGCUGAAGUCAUGGAGCAAGCGGCAUCAGUAGGUGAUUCCCGAAAACUAUACCAGACUCUUAAAACAGCAACUAAGGGAAACAGCAGGCUAAGCGAAGUGCUGCUGGACACGAAUGGAACGCCUAUAUCCCAGAUGGCAGACCGCACAAUCCGUUGGAAGCAGCAUUUCGAAACCUUGCUGAACCAUGACCCUCCCUCUCAACGUUCCCCUAGCACCCUAACAAAUGCCCCCGAGUAUGAUGCCAACUGCGAUUCUCCAACGGAAGAAGAGAUACGUGAUGUCAUCAAAAGACUAAAGAAUUUACAAAGCUGCUGCGAUGCAAUUCUCCUUUCCUUUUACAAAAAAGGCGACCAUCGCGAUUGUCGCAACUAUAGAGGCAUCAGUUUGAUCGAUGUCGCCUCAAAAAUUUUCUCAAUUAUUGUACUGCAUCGUUUCCAGAAUAUCCGGGACCGCCGAACCCGUCCUAACCAAGCAGGCUUCCGGAGAGGCAGAGGAUGCAUGGAUCAAAUUUUUUCCCUCAGGCGAAUUCUCGAACAGCGAUGGACUUAUCAGCAAUCUACCGUCGUUUGCUUCAUUGAUUUCACCGCAGCAUUCGACUCGGUGGAUCGCAGAAUCCUCUGGGAUAUCAUGCGUCAUGAUGGCUUCCCGUCCAAGCUUCUCAACCUCAUCAAGGCCUACUACGCUCACACUCGAACUAGAGUGAGGUGCUACGGGGGAGAAUCCGAUUCAUUCGUCGUCCGAACGGGCGUCCGCCAAGGAUGUGUGCCCUCCCCUAUCCUGUUCAACUACAUUAUUGACUGGAUCCUGGAGAAUAGUAUGGUUGGCCUCGCGGGUGUCAGAGUUGGCCACGACUGCUCCAUCACCGAUCUCGAUUAUGCCGACGACGUUGGAAUCCUUAGCGAGUCCUACGCGGAGGUCCAGCAUGCACUUGACGUGGUCAGUCGCAUGGCCAAAAUGGUGGGGAUGAAAAUUAACGCUUCCAAGACGAAAAUUCUCUCUGCGAACUACCCCCUACCUGAUCGAGUGGCUGUAACCCUCGAUGGUGAAGCUACGGAAGAGGUCGAAAGCUUCAAAUAA